AUGCCGCUGGCCGAUUCUCAAAAGGAUCUCCGCCAGCAGCCUCAGCAGCAGCAGCAGCAUGUGUCCUCCACCAGCAGCAACAACAAUGCGGAGCAGCAAUGCAACAGCAGCGGAUUGGGUCUGCAACUGCGCCAGCGCAUGCAAAUUACCUCGUCCGGCUGCAGCAGCCUGGCGGUCACGCCCAUGGAGCACACGCCCACCGAGGACGAUGAGAGUGGUGGAGGAAACAGCGGUGUCACCUCCUCGGUGACCACUGUGACAUCAUCGCAACGCCGCCAGCAGCUGCAACAGGUGCAACAGCAAUCUGCUUUGCAAGCGGCCCUUGAGCAGCAUCACAUCUCACCAACAGCAAACUUGGAUUCCGCUAGGAAAAGGCCGACGCAUCGAACCUUGUGCCCUCCGCCAGAACUUAUGGAGCUGAGUGAUUCCGAGUCCCAGGGAGGCGUAGAAACUGGCGGUAUGAGAGAAGGGGCUACUGGGCGUAGUGCACCUGAUUUAGAGGACACAGAGCCCCUAGAUGAAACAGAAAACGAAUUCGAGCUCAAGGAAGUCAUCAAGGAGGGUCACGACAAGGCCGAUCCUUCACAGUUCGAGCUCCUACGGGUUCUGGGCGAAGGUAGCUUUGGAAAGGUGUUUCUAGUGCGAAAGAUCAUAGGUAAAGAUGCAGGAACACUCUAUGCUAUGAAGGUGCUCAAAAAGGCCACGCUAAAAGUAAAAGAUCGCGUAAGGAGCACAAACGAACGAAAAAUACUAGCGGACGUGGGACAUGCCUUCAUCGUACGUCUUCACUAUGCCUUCCAAACUCCCGGAAAACUGUACUUGAUACUGGAUUUUCUUCGUGGCGGUGAUCUAUUUACACGUCUUUCCAAGGAAGUAAUGUUUACGGAAGAAGAUGUCAAGUUCUAUUUAGCGGAACUGGCGCUAGCUAUGAAUCACCUACACACGCUGGGCAUUAUCUACAGGGAUCUGAAACCGGAAAAUAUUCUACUGGACGAGCAUGGUCAUAUAGCCUUGACGGACUUCGGUCUAUCCAAGCAGCCUUUGGAUGGCUCAAAAACAUAUAGCUUUUGUGGAACCGUAGAAUACAUGGCGCCGGAGAUCGUGAACCGAAAAGGACACGAUUUUGCCGCUGAUUGGUGGAGUUUCGGGGUGCUCAUGUACGAAAUGCUAACGGGGAAUUUACCCUUUCACGGCCAAACCCGCCAGGAGACUAUGAAUCAGAUCCUUAGAAGUAAGCUGGGCAUGCCAGAGAAUCUGUCGCCGGAAGCGCAAUCCCUGCUCCGUGCUCUCUUCAAAAGGAACCCCCAGAAUCGUUUGGGUGCGGGUGCUCAAGGAAUUUUGGACAUCAAGGCGCACUGCUUUUUCGCUACUAUCGACUGGGUGAGAUUAGAACGAAAGCAGGUGCGUCCGCCUUUUAUACCGGCGGUUAGCCGUGACGAUGCCUUUUACUUUGAUGUGGAGUAUACCUCAAAAUCCCCCAGGGAUUCGCCGGGUGGCCCGAUCUCCGCAUCUGCCCAUGAAAUCUUCCGCGGGUUCAGCUUUGUGGCUCCCGUCCUCCUGGAAGGUCAGUGUGCUUGCUCGAAUAGCUGCUCCACCGGCGUCAGUCCCCUGCACAGUAUAGCUCCUAUUCCCGCUGCUCCAGUGGGAGCCCCUCGAACAUUACCUGGUGUUCUUCCCGGAAACUUCCACGCGGAAUAUAAUCUACUUCAAGAACUGGGACGAGGAACCUUUUCAGUUUGUCGGCUGUGCGAGCAUCGCACCUCCAAGAAACAUUACGCAGUAAAAGUAAUCGAAAAGGCAGCUGUGGCCGCAGCAUCCACAUCCACUUCCGCCGAUUGUUGGGAGGAGGUGGAGAUUAUGCUGAGGUACGGCAACCACCCAAAUAUCGUCACUCUGUACUCCGUUUACGAGGAUGCGGGAUCUGCAUAUCUUGUGAUGGAGCUGCUAAAGGGUGGCGAGCUACUCGAUCGGAUACUGGCCGUGGGUCAGAUGUGCGACAGUGAGGCCGGCGCGGUGUUAAGGACAAUUGCUUCUGCGGUAGCAUAUCUCCAUGAACAUGGCGUGGUCCAUCGGGAUCUUAAGCCCUCGAAUAUGAUAUAUGCCAGCAUGCGGCAAACUCCCGAGACCCUAAAGCUCUGUGAUUUGGGUUUCGCGAAGCAGCUGCGCGCGGACAACGGCCUCCUGAUGACGCCCUGCUACACCGCCAAUUUUGUGGCUCCCGAGGUUCUAAAGAGACAGGGCUAUGACCUGGCUUGCGACAUCUGGUCGCUCGGUGUGCUGCUUUACAUCAUGUUAUCCGGCCGGACGCCUUUCGCCAGCACUCCAAAUGAUUCUCCGGACGUUAUACUGAAGCGCAUCGGAUCGGGACAAAUUGACUUCACAAGCAGUCGCUGGGCACUGAUCAGUGUGCCGGCCAAAGAACUUUUGCGUCAGAUGCUACACAUAGUACCGGAGAAUCGACCGACGGCGGCGCAAAUUCUUGAGCACGACUGGCUGCGGGAGCAAUUCGCCGGCGGCGUACAGCUUACGGAGUAUGCGGUGGCGCCCGGAUCCCAACUUUCGCUGGGCGCCCAGCAGCAACAGCAGAAUCACAUCUCCUUGGCCUUAAGAGGAGCUGUUGAUGCCACUUUCCGGGCUAUUGCCAUACCCCAGGCGGCGAAUGUGGGACCCGUAGAACUUUCCAUGCUCGCCAAGAGGCGGGCCAAAGAUCGAGCCAAUCUGCACUCCUAAUCCUGGGCGGCAUCAUGGUGUCCGCGGCGCGAGGCCAAGCGGCAGAUAAUCCGACUACUUUUCCGACUCUAUAGUAUUCUAAUCCAACGCUGCUGUGCCAUUCAUCGUCGUCUUGUCAAGGUCAAUGCGCAGAAGCUUGGUUCACAUUCACAAACGAUGGGUAAUCCUCGCCAACGCUGCCGCAGCGCCAAGCUGCGUGUGGUUUAGGUUUUGGGGGGAAUCGACCUAACCUAAAGUAUUUGACAAGUGUUAAUUAUUUAUUUUAUAUGAAAGCAUGCCAAUAUGCCAAGGCCAUAAAGCACUGCAGGGCAUCUAUAUACACAUACAUAACUAUACAAAUACGGAUAUACAUCUAUAUAUAGCUAUUUAUAUAACGAAUCCUAAAGCAAGGGCCUAGAGAGCGUGUGUGAAUGUGGCACCAGGAUCAUCUCAGAUGAUUCCUGAUGCCACAUUAUUUAUCCCAAACUGGAAAUUAAAGUUAAGCCUCUCGCACACACAAGUUUACAACAUAAAACAAAAUACAUACAUAUUUUUAAUUAAAUUAAUCGUAGCUAAAUUUUUCAACAUCACCGUGUUAUUGUUGCUUAAUUAAAUUAAUUAAAAUGAAAAGAAAAUUGAAAAAAGUAUUAGCAAAACAAACAAAAAAUAAGAAUAAAAGCCUCAAUCCUUUUAUAUAAUAACAACUUUUGUCGCCAAACUAUAAAGAAAGAACAAAUAACCCUAAAAAACUGUAAAAAGAUAAUAAGUCUAAAAGAAACCGAAAAUCAUUUUACAAUUAUUACUUGGAAUGUCAAUUUGCACAAUGAAAUAAGAAACUAAGCAAAAGGUAAACAUAACUACCAUAUUAUACAGAAUGUGUACAUAAAGCGGAAACUGUGCUUUUCGGGUUUAUAAGGCAAAUGAUAUCAAAAAAGAGUAUUUUAUCAAUAAUUCCCUAAACAAUAAAAAUGCCAACGUUCUUUCUAACAAUACACAAGGGUGCAUAUUGUUAUUUAAUUGUAAUUAAGAAACGUAAAUCCUGCUAACUUGUCUUAUAGUCGCGAAACGCACAGUUUAGUCGUAAUAACGCCGGGGAAACAGUUGUGACAACAUCAAAUUGGGUUCCCAUUUUCUUUGCUAACGUCUUCCAACAGAAAUUAUACCAAACAGGAUACCUUUUUGCGGUGUAACCAGAUAUAGAAAGUUCAGACUUACAAUUGGAUUAUUAAGAACCGAAAACGCGAUAUGUUGUGUUGUUCCAUCAUACUCGUACUGAAUUCCAGAUCCAGAUACAGAAAGGAUAGCGUCGAAUAAACGACUUGGGGUAAUGCAAAAUUCCAUUUGUUUAUGUUAGUUUCUCUAAAAACUGAUCGUGCUGGUUGGGCAGCUUGUUUGGCUUCUCAAAGACAACGUAAAUGUGAUUCUUUGUGCAAAAUUUACUCCAUAGUAUGCAAUUCAAACUUUGUUGUAUUUUUGCCAAGGAAAACUUGUUAAAAUUAUGCUAGAAGGAAAUAUACAAGCAAAAUGGGACAAAAUUGAAUAAAUUAUGUACAAGAGCCAUGUGAAUCGAAACCAAUUCCUUAGAAGCCACUUGAAAAACAGAAAUUUCUUAUACGAUUUCGGGACUUGUUUGGCAGCAUGUGUGUGCAUAAGAGGGUGUAUGUGUGUGCUUCCUGUAUGUGUAUGUGUGUGUGUGUGUGUGUGCUAAAGGAUUAUUCCGCUGUGCCACUACUGAACUUACUGCUACCAAACACAAAACAAUAACUUCAUAUACAUAUUUACACCACCUAGAAAAAGUUAGUAAAACUUAGAAAUUUUUUAAAAAAGGAUAACAUCGCUUGAAUAAAACUGUAUUUUUGUGGUGUUAUUGAGAGGGGUUGGAGGGGAAAAUGAUAUGAUUAUCCUAAGGUUCAUAUAUAAUAAUUAGCUAGCUGCGGAUUGAAAACAAUGUCUACACAUUGACAUAUAAAAUAUUUAAGAAGGAUCUUGAGAUGAACAUUUCGCCUAAUAGUUGUCAUGAUAAACUUUUGCAAAAUAUAUAUAUUUAUACUUAAUUACCUUUGUUUUGCAAUGACAACCAAAUCGAAAGGAUACGUUUCCCUGCUUCGCUUUUCAAUAGACUCAUACAGAAAUUAUAAAACGAAUAUGAGACAGGCAGAAAAGGGGUUUUUGUCCACGGGCUGAUGAGAAAUCUAUUCCAGCGAAACUUCAUGGUUGCCGCACAAUUGUUUGUUUAAAACUAAUGUAUACAAAAGUGGCAUACUAUGAUAAAAACUAAUCAUUUAUCAAUUAUUCCGAACGGUCUGUUACAAACAUUUUCGGGUUGCACAAAAAGGACAGAGACAACAGAUAGUUUUAGAACCCAAUACACCUCUCGACUAAAUUCCCCAAGAACAUAUAUAUCUUAAUCAUAUAUAUGAAUGCGUGAAUAUAUUUUCUUAGUAGAUUUUAACAACUUCCAUACUAUACAUACAUUCGAAUGCUCGAAUUUCGAUAUGAAUCAUUUAAUUAAUAAACAUAUUCAACUAAACCGAUUCGAAAUUAUUGUAAAGUUGAAUUUUUCAAACCAAACAGAAGGAACUUAAUUGAAAAACAAAUUAAAAAUAAACAGUUCAAAUUGUUUCGAUCCAAUUGGGAUACAUA